AUGAAUUAAUCGGCAGAAAAACUACGACAGUAUGCCCAAGAAAAUGUGGUGUUUAUACUCUAAAAACUAAUGGAAGAUAUUCUGGCCUAAUAGCCAAAAAAUGUGGUAAAUUAAAAACAAAAAUUUUAGAUUGAUUGGUCUAUUGCUUGGCUAGAUAAAAAAGGAAGGGAUAUAGUGAAAUAAAGAUAGAAAUAAAAUAUACAUUCCUCAUCCUCUGAUGAUGAAGUAAUAGAAUUGCCUAAAAGACCUGCUGCUGCUAGGAAAUAAAGAGCCUCUAUUUCAGCUGAAGCUUAUGGAUAAUACAAUAGAAAGGAGGUGUAUAUUUAAUAUUAAAAUAACAGUCAUUUUAACCUAGAGUGAUUGUAAAGACUCAAUAAUAGAAGGAAAAAAUAGGUAAAAGGUUAGAGUAAUCUUUUAUGUUUGCAUCACUUGAUUAAAGAGAAAAAGAUAUCGUAAUUGAUGCAAUGGAAGAACGUAGUUAUAAGUAAACAUUUAAUUAAAAUAUUAGUGCAGAGGAUUGGGUCAUCAAAUAAGGAGAUAAUGGGGAUAAUUUAUAUGUCGUAGAUUAAGGGGAGCUUAAUUGUUUUAAGAGAUUUAUAAAAGAUGGGGAAAACAAAUUUUUAAAAGUAUAUUAUCCUGGAGAAUCAUUUGGAGAGUUAGCCUUAUUGUAUAAUGCACCACGAGCUGCCUCAAUUCAGUGCAAAACUGAUUCUAUAUUAUUUGCAUUGGACAGAUAAACAUUUAAUCAUAUUGUUAAAGAUGCAGCAAUGAAGUAUACAUUAAAAUAUUACAUUUUUAGAAAGAGGGAAAAAUAUGUAAAUGUUCUUAAAUAAAUUGAAUUGCUAUCAAUGAUGGAUCCAUAUGAAAGAUCACAUGUUGCAGAUGCAAUUAGAAGUGCCAAUUUCUAAAAAGGAGAUUUUGUUAUUAGAGAAGGAGAAUAAGGAGAUAUUUUUUAUAUGAUAGAAGAAGGGGAAUUGAUAGCUACAAAAACAUUGAUUCAAGGAUAAGAACCAGUUAAAGUCUUUUAAUAUAAAGAAGGUGAUUAUUUUGGAGAAUUAGCCUUACUCAAAGACAUUCCAAGAUAAGCUAAUGUUGUUGCUUAAGUAAAUUGAGAAUUUAAUAUAUUUAUAGACAGAAGUUAAAUUAAUAUACUUGGACAGACAUAGUUUCAAAAGAAUGUUAGGGCCUUUAGAAGACAUUUUAAGAAGAAACACUGAGAAAUAUCAAAAAUAUGAAUAAUAUUGGAUCAACUAAGGUAAAUGA